GGAAGACAGACAAGACAAGAGCGCGCUCCCUCCCUCUGUCUCACUCUCUCUCUCGCUCUCGUGUUCCCCGUGUGGCACCAGUGUAACGUCCCACUCUCGCUGCUGCAAGGACUUGGAGAAGAGAGGGAGGGAAGACUUGACGCAGCGGAGGGAGAGGCUUCACUUUCCACUAUGAGACCUGCGAGACGCCCCGCCGACAACUAGUCGCGCUGCCGACACCGACGCGCAGAGGAUGGAGGCGCAGUAGAGGAGCGGCGGUGCGACGCGGAGCUUUUUCUCCCCCCCUCCUCCGGUGAUGAAUCCUUGCUUUAAUACGUCGCCUGGCAGAACAAGGAUUAAUAUUGAAGUGUGAAUUCCUCCGAGGCUGCGACCCAGACAUAUUGUUCCCCCAGAGAGGUGCAAAUCGCAUUCCAUACAUUGGUGGUUGGAUGUGAGACUUCUGUGACCCUGUAAAAUUGAAGAUGGAGUUGCUAUGGAAACUACUGGUACUGCAGUCACUUAUGGGGUGCCUCGCAGGGAGCAGCAUCCUGCAGAGUCCCGUCUUCACCAAGCAACCUGGCAGCAUUGUGUAUCCUGUGGAGACGGUGGAGAAGAACCGGGAAGUGGUGUUCAGCUGUGAAGCCCAGGGCAGCCCGGCCCCCAUCUACAGGUGGAAACUGAACGGCACGGACAUCACUCCCAAAUCUGGAUCGCACUACAGUCUUUCCGGAGGCAACUUAAGAAUCAACCACCUGAACAAAGACCAGGAUGCGGGAACGUAUCAGUGCUUCGCCUCAAACUCUUUUGGGACCAUUGUCAGCCGAGAGGCCAGUCUGACUUUUGCAUACUUGGAAAACUUCAAGACCCACCGAAGGAGCUCCGUAUCAGUCCGUGAAGGUCAAGGAGUGGUCCUUCUCUGUGGUCCGCCGCCACAUUCUGGAGACCUGACAUUUUCGUGGAUCUUCAAUGAGUAUCCAACGUUCGUCAAACAGGACACCCGCCGGUUCAUCUCUCAGGAGACGGGGAAUCUGUACAUUGCCAAGGUGGAGUCCUCGGACGUUGGCAACUACACCUGUGUGGUGACCAACACUGUCACCAAGACCCGAGUGCAAGGUCCGCCCACUCCUCUAGUACUCCGGAAAGACGGUGUGAUGGGUGAAUAUGAACCAAAGAUUGAAGUUCAAUUCCCUGAGGUCGUCCAUGUGGCUAAAGGAUCAACCGUCAAACUGGAAUGCUUCGCUUUGGGAAAUCCAGUUCCCUCUAUAAACUGGAGGCGCGUGGAUGGAGCACCGUUUCCUAGAAAGGUGGACACCCGGAAAGCCAGCGGCGUUUUGGAAAUCCCAUAUUUUCAGCCGGAGGACGCGGGCACCUAUGAAUGCGUGGCCGAGAACUCCAGAGGGAUGAAUACCGUGAAGGGGAAGCUCUCGUUCUACGCACCGCCUCAACUAAUUGAGAAACCGCAGGACGUCCAGAAGUUCAUCGAUGACUCACUGGUGUGGGAAUGCAAAGCGACCGGAAAACCCAAACCAUCGUAUCGGUGGAUGAAGAACGGGGAGAAUUUGGAAUCGGUGGAGGAACGGAUACAGGUGGGCAACGGGGCGUUGUCAAUCAGUCGCUUGACCCUGUCGGACACCGGGAUGUACCAGUGUGUGGCCGGCAACAAGCACGGCGAGGUGUACUCCAACGUGGAGCUCAGAAUCAUAGCUGUAGCUCCAGACUUCUCUAACAGCCAACUGAGAAGCCAGACGCUGGUGAGAAUGGGCGGGGACGUGCUCAUCGAGUGCAGACCGAAGAUGUCUCCUUGGGGUGCGAUCCUGUGGCGAAAGGGCAGCGAGCCACUCGGAGAGAGCAGCAGGAUCUCAGUUCUGGAGAACGGGAACCUUCGCAUUUUGAACGUGACAAAGUCCGACGCCGGCCUCUACACGUGUGUCGCCCGAAACCAGUUUGGAGUAGCAAGCAGCAGUGGAUCCAUCUCAGUUAAAGAGCCCACCAUCAUUACCACCCAGCCGACCACGCUGGACAUCACAGUGGGAGAGAGCGUCGUCCUACCGUGUCAAGUGAGCCACGAUCCGUCCCUCGAGCUCAAGUUCACCUGGUUUUUCAACGAACAGCUCAUUCACUUUGGCAACCACGGUGGAUAUCUUGAAAAAGUGGGCGGGCAACACUCAGCGGGAGACAUCAUGAUCCGCAACAUCCAGCUGAGACACGCGGGGAAGUACACGUGUGCCGUGCAGACCAAAGUGGACAGCAUCUCCAUCGCUGUGGACCUGGUUGUUCGAGGUCCCCCAGGGGCCCCCACCAGCAUCAGUGUCAACGAAAUCACAGAUACCACAGCCUCUCUGUCCUGGAGGCCUGGUCCUGAUAAUCACAGUCCAAUUACGGCCUACACCAUCCAGGCGCGGACUCCGUUCUCCCUCGGGUGGCAGGCUGUCACCACAGUGCCUAAGUUGGUGGGGGGCCACCGGCUGACGGCGACAGUUGUAGACCUGAGCCCCUGGGUAGACUAUGAAUUCAGAGUCCUGGCAAGCAACAGAGUUGGCACCGGCGAGCCAAGCAAGCCAUCCAAACAAGCCAAGACAAAGGGGACUUCACCAAAGGUCACGCCGGCUAACGUGAGCGGAGGCGGUGGCAGUCACUCCGAAUUAGUCAUCACAUGGGAGCCCGUCCCAGAGGAGCUACAGAAUGGACCGGGCUUUGGCUACGUGGUUGCUUUCCGACCCCACGGCGCCACCGGAUGGAUGCAGGCCGCCGUCCCAUCCGCGGAGACGUCCAAGUACAUUUUCAAGAACGAGACCAUCCAGCCCUUCUCGCCUUUCCAAGUGAAAGUGGGAGUCUACAACAACGAGGGAGAGGGCCCGUUCGGCCCUGUGACCACCAUCUACUCUGCAGAAGAGGAACCUGGCCGUGCGCCCACUCGUGUCCGUGCCAAGAGUCUCACUGCCUCUCAGAUUGAAGUUUCUUGGAAAGCUUUGCCCUGGAAUGCCAGCAAGAAAAGAGUGUUGGGCUAUGAGCUGCGGUAUUGGAAAAGAAGUGAGAACGAGGACGCGGCCAGCGUUCAGAGGACGGUGGGCAAUCAGACGUCUGCGAUCAUCGCUGGACUCAAAGGCAGCACCACGUAUAACGUCUCAGUGAGGGCGUACAACACCGCUGGGUCCGGACCUCCCAGCGCCUCCGUCAACGUCACCACCAAGAAACCACCGCCUAGUCAGCCUCCUGCUAAAGUGAUGUGGAACACUUCUAACUCCAAGAUUAUCCUGAACUGGGAGCAGGUGAAGGCUCUGGAGAAUGAGUCAGAGGUCACAGGAUACAAAGUGCUGUACACAAAGAACAGACACAGCCGACCCAGUGUCAUGGAGACAAACACCACCUCAGUGGAGCUCGCUCUCCCCACCGAUGAGGAUUAUAUUGUCCAGAUCAAGCCCUUUGGAGAAGGAGGGGAGGGCAGCAGUAGCAGGCAGAUCACCAUCCCCAGGAUACCAGGCGCAAAUGCGGUUGGCUCAGCAUCCAAGGUCUCUACUCUGUCCGCCCUCAGUACAAUAGCUCUGUCUUUCACAGCACGGACAUCUUUAUGACAAACGGCUCUCGGCAGACGUUCCAUCUGACGUGGAGACUGCUCGACUACCACUCGGGUGGAACGAGACCCAUUCAUUUUGAUUUCACGCGAGGAAGAGGAAAUACGCUGGAGAGAGAAACAAAAAUAUAUCUACUCAUGCCGCUGGGAUGGCGGGAAAGGACUCGUCUUCAGCACCCGGGCGGAAGAUCGUGACCAUGUUGUUACCAAAGCAGCUUUCAUAAGAAAAGUCCAGAGAAAAAAAUGUCUUAUAUGCAUCGUUUUGUACGACGUGUUGAGCUUUUAUAGAUUUUUCCGUUUCUCCGAAUCAAUGAGAAGUCAGUCUGGGCUUGUCGGGGGCGAGAGCUAUUAAGUGCAUGGCGAGUAACACCACAUUUUCCAAUCCAGAGGAUCUGACGGAGAGAGGAAGCUGAAGCUUUUGUCGUCUUAAGUGUUUAUACAUGGGUUCUUUUUAGUUGCUAAUGAAUGAACUGUAAAGUAAUGUGGGAGUCAUUCAGAACAUGUAAGGUGAGGACGGAUACACGCUACCAUGCUGUUGUGCUUAACUUUUAAUAUAGUGAGAAAGAAAGACACCUAUUUUUUUUCUUUGUUUUUGGAGAACAUGUAUUUAUUACCACAUAUUUACACGUCAAUAGUGCAGAGGCUUAAAAAGUGAGGAACAAAAUCAGCUCUCAGCUUUCUAUGCAACAUCAAGUUAAGCUCAUGUGCGGGUUCAAAUCCAGAUCUUUAUGUAAAAUGUGCAGGAUAACUGAACAAUGAUAAAUAAAUAAAUGAACACAAAUUUAUAUCGACGAAAUUAUGCUGUUUUUUUAUGAUAGAUAUUUAAAUAAAACAAAUCCAAACCCACUUUUCCAUAAUAAUGUGGAAAAUAGAGCUUUAAAAUCGCUCUGUAGCAUCACAAAGUUGUUUCGAUGAAAUGAAUGUGCUGCAUUACAAUUGGAUGGGGAUCACUAUUAGGGAAGGAAGUCUUUUAACAUGAUGUUCUGCAUAUAAAAAUGUGAAAUAUUAGCUCAAUCAUGGACAUGCACACCAGUGCCUAGAUGGACAGCUGAAAUAGUUAAUGCAUUUAAUAAAGUGAGUUUAACAAGCUGCUGUUCUAAAUGGCAACGCUGUUCUUUUGAGAAGGUAAAGAGUGUUUAAUGCAUGAAGUGUAAUUUUUCUGUGAUUAUUUAAGCUAUCGUCUUCUGGCCACAGACCUAUUGAACCUUCACAUGAGUUUUUUUUUUAUCUUUUUGAAAUGAAAUUUGUAGACACCAAGCUCCUGUCCAAGGUAAUUAUUUCACGAUAACUAAUUUCAGUUUUCAACAUCUGAGCUUGAGGCCUGAAAUCGUGAACCCUACAGCCUGACUGUUUGAACCAUUCACAACAAACUGAUCGUUACCUGAAACAACUCUUUGGCUUCUUGUCUCAACAGCUCUAUAGUCCACCUAUGACCUUUGACCUUUCUAUCUGACCAACACACUUGAAUUUCUGACUUGUCGUUUGAGGAUGAUUUAUUUAUUUAAGAUUAAGAUUUGGUCUAUUUUUGUUUUGUUUUGUGUUUGUUUUUUUCAAUAAAAGUUUAAAAAAUAUAUGGAUGCAUGGGGAAUAUUGGCUCAUAAUAAGGAGUUUUUAAGUGGAAUUAUUUACAUAUUUAAAGUUAUAUUUUUGACUGAGCUUUUUUUUUAUUAGGAAUUAAAAUUAUUGAUUGUAUGUUAAAUCUUUAUAUAUUUGCCUCCCUGAAAAUAUAGUAGUUGAAAAUACUGAGGACACAUAUUCCCAUAUUAAGUUGCAUAAUAUUCAUUGAAAAUUGACUUAAAUGCACUUGAGGCCAGCAGAGGGCGCUCACUUUUUGUCAACGGGAUACUUUAAAAAUUGCCUCUAGAUGUUCAAUAGUAGUGUUCCAGAGCCAGAUGUUUUGGCAACAAACACAAAUAUUGAGAUCUAAAUUGUUUUGCUGGACUUAAAUUAUAGAUAUCAUGCAAAUGUUGAGGCAGGAAGCCAAAUUAUGACAUGUGGGUUGAAAACUGACGGAAAUAUUGUCACAAUGUAGUGAACGCUGUGAAUGUUGAAUGAGAAAAAUCAAAAUUCUCACUGGACUGGAUCGGACAAAGUUGCGAUGACCAGCUGAUUUUGAAAGUUCCUGAGUUCCCGUGCUCCGGCUGGUGACCAGACUCUCCUCCUCCAGUUUUUCGGUUUGGCCUCGUGUUUAGAGCUAUUCUUUGCCUUCUGUGUGCCUCAUCAUAUGUUCAAAAUCCUCAGGUCCUCAAAGAGCCUUAACUUAACAUGUAUGCGGAAUCCAUUGGAAGCAAACAGGCGACGUUUACAUGCUGCUGUGUGGAUUAAGCUGAGGGGGGAUUGAGUUUAUUCGCAUGGGAUUUUUGGCAAUAUAUGAGGGCCGGUGAGUUUCUACAGUCGAUGCUGCUGAUCUUGUCUCUUUGUUUUCCCACCUGAGCUCCUGUUACCUGGAAGGACCGCGGCAGUACAGAGCAGCCUUGUUGUUUGUCUGUAGCUUGUGAUCCAGUGAAGUAGGAACGUGCCAGGUCCUGCUCCCACUCAUGCAUUCAAUAACCUGUAAUAUACAGUUUUCUACACUUCAUUUCUAUGAAAUAUCCUUUCUUAAAAAAGAAAAAAGCAAAAAGAAGACUUCCGUGGUUUCAUACAGUUGCUAACUGUUGCUUAGCAUGAUUGUACUUAGUCCUCUCGACUCUGCAAACUGACCGAAUGGUUUUAGGUACACGUGUUUGAACCAUGCAACACCAUCAGCUCCGUGUCUUUGCUUCGGUCCCUGACAGUUCUGGCUCUCCUGUCCAUAUACGCUUGAAAGUAAGGGUUUCUCUGUUGAUGUUUGUUGUUUUUACUGUGUUAA